GAAUUAUCAUGAUGCUCUGGUUCACUGUCUACUAGAGAGACUAACUAAACUGAACAGGGAAGAAGCCAUGCACGGAAAUCCGCUUCUUUAUUCCUCAAAUCCAAUUUCUCAGUGUCCUCUUUCUCUCUUUAUCCGCCAUCGUUUAAUAUCUCCAUUUCGAUGGGAAGUUUCUGGCUUAGCUUCAGUUUCAUCUUCCUCGCGAGUUCAGUGGCCGUUGAAUUUCCCGCAAACUUACCGGAACGCGCUCUGUCAUCUACACAGCACUGCUAGUCAAGAGAUUGUUGAAACCAGCAACAGUGGAUCUGGGUAUGUUGAAAUUGGCUUCUUGUCCUCUGUUCAUGGACUCCAGGGAGAUGUUUGUGUAAAACCAAGCACUGAUUUUCCUGAGUUACGAUUUUCCACUCCUGGGAGAAGAUGGUUAAGGCAACAAGUUUCAGGAAGGGAAACAAUUCAAGAAGUAGAGCUGGGUGAGGGAAGGGAACAUCCUGGAAAGAAGAGUUGGAUACUUAAGAUCAAAGGAAUUGAUACCGUGGAGCAGGCCAAACAGCUUGUUGGUUCAACUCUACUUGCUACAGAAGAAGACAGACCAGAAUUGGAAGAAGGAGAAUUCUACACUCGUGAUCUUAUUGGCAUGAGAGUUAUUCUCAAGGAAACUGGGGAGCUUGUUGGAACUGUUGUUAAUGUUUUCAACAGUGGGGCCAGUGAUCUUUUACAAGUUAUGCUUGUCUCAUUUAUUGAUAUGCCUAAUGGCAGUGCAAAACCAGAGGUUGCCAGUAACGGUCAAAGUGGUUCCCUUGUAUGGGUUCCAUUUGUUGAAGCAAUUGUUCCAGAUGUUGAUUUAAGGAGAAGAGAGUUGAAAAUUACACCUCCAAAGGGACUCCUUGAGUUAAACUUACGAUGUGAUGAGAGGUCCAAAAAAGAACGGCGGCAGCUUGCGUGGAAAGAACGAAAGAAGUUGCAAAAGCGCCUUGUGGCAGCAAAAAGGAAACUUUAUGAACUGGGCCAACAACAUGUAUUUCAUGGGUUUGCUUCUGGAGAGAAAUCCCAAAGGAGUUCACUUACAGAGCAGAUUAUUGUUAUUAAUACCAAAUUGUUUCAACAGGCAUUACAAAAUAUUGAGAUAUUUUCAAGAAGAUGGAAUGUAACUGAGCAAAUGAAUGAGGCAAGAGCGAAGCUACUACAUACAUUGAAGAUAUCAGAGGAUUGCUUCAUUCAUUCUGCAAAUGAAUGUAUGCUGCAAGAGAAUUGCAUUUUGCAACAGAGGGGGCUAUUUUUUUUGUCUAAAGGCAAACUUGCCUUUUGUUUAGUCAUAAAUGAUAUACAGAAAAGCACAGAGAAUUCAUCAUUGCCUCUCCUUCAGAAGUUACUAUGUGAUGAUCAUAGGUUUGGGAAGAAAGAAGACCGUCAUUCUGUUCCACUUGUCUUGGUUUGCCCAACGCAUGCAAUUGAGCCUCUUCAGAAAUUAUUUUUAGAUCACGAUCACUUUGCCUUUAACUCACAGAAGGUCUGGUUCUUGGAGGAAGAGAAACUUCCCAUUGUUAGUAAUUCACUUGAAGAGCAGAAAAAGCACAAGAUUUUACUCGAAUCACGCUGGCAAAUACUGCAAUCCCCUGUUGGGUCUGGUGGGGUAAUUAGCUCGCUUUCAUCACAGGGCAUUCUGGAGGAUCUUGCUGUAAUGGGAGUAGAGUAUAUCCAGAUAUUCAACGCAAACACAAGAUAUGUCGGUAACAAUUCAGUGCUGCUUGGGUUUGUUGACUCGCAAGAGGUGGAAAUUGGCAUCCAAAUUUACAAAGAUGCAGAAGAUAUGGAGGAAAGUUAUAACAUGAUUUUCCACAUGAACACACUAAAGAAGCUGACGAAGCAGCUCGAUAAACUUAGAUUCUAUCCCGUCCCGAAGUUGAAUUCAUAUGUUGAGAAAGCUGGUAAGGAUUGGAUCAGUGUAGUCCCUUCUUUUCCAAACUCAUAUGAGCUUCGAUCUUCCAUUUACAGUUGCUUAAAUUCCUGGCCUUCUGAUAAGAUUUGCUUAAUGGAAAUCACGCAAUAAUAUAUGCUACUCCGAGUGUGGCGUUAAGUUCAUUGUGUCAUUUUCUUUUUGGUGUUUGUAAAUCUUACUUUUGAAUCAUUCAGGAAAAUAUUUUGUA